CUCUCCAUUGAGUCAAUAGUUGUAGGUGAACUUGCAAUGGAAACCCACCCAGUGUUGUUCCAGGGUAACUCAGUACAGCCAGGAUUUAUACACGCUCUACCAUGGAAAACCCGGCACGCUUAAAAUGUCUCUGGAUGGAACUCGAUCAAAACCCAGCGCCUCACCGGUUCAGCAUACUCCAGCAGGCAGAGUCCCAACAAUGGAGAAGAUAAAAUGUGAAACUGUAGCUAUUUUUGAACGCCGACGAGGACCAAAACGGAUUCAUAUUCUGGUGUUGGCUGUGGCCUUCAUUUGUGUCAUAUUCUCUCUUGUUGCACUUAUCAGAUAUGUUCCAUAUGUGACGAGAGAACCUAUAACGGAAGGUCCUUGCGCCACAAUUCUGUGUGCCUACGGCUCCAUUUGCAGAGAGACGAGUGAUAGCCAGGCGGAAUGCUUCUGUCCGGAGGAAUGUCCGGACAUUUUCUCGCCGGUAUGCGGGGACGACAGUGUCACGUACAACAACAACUGUUACCUGCGGGCGUCGGCCUGUAGGUUACGAAAGAAGAUAGGUGUUGCUUCGUCGGGGCCUUGUGAUACGACGAGUCUCUGCCAGGACAAGGAAUGUCCGUUCGGCGCGGAGUGCAUGGUCACGCCAGACGGCGCGACUGCCAAAUGCGUAUGCUCGCAGGAGUGCGGAGAGACUGAGUACAAUCCUGUCUGCGGAAGCGACGGGGUGGACUAUGCGAAUGAGUGUGAGAUGAGACGAGUUAGCUGCCUUCAGAGACGAGAACUCAAACUCAUCUAUAACGGAAUAUGCAAUCCUUGCUUGACGGCAAACUUGGACAGUGAUGCCAUCUGCCAGCUAAACAGAAAUCGUCAGCCAGUCGCUGGCUGCGUCUUCGACUGUGAGGGGUUACCAAGCGACCCUGUAUGCGCCUCGGACGGACAAAUAUACGACACGGAGUGCCUGAUGAAACGAGUUGCCUGCCAGUCGCGAUUUGAGCUCUUUGCGCACGAGGAAAGUAACUGCCAAGCAGAAACCUCCCCAUGCCUGAGUUUCCAGUGCGAGUUCGGGAAAUGUAUCCUGGAUUUGGAGAGUAAUCCGACCUGCUUGUGCAUCAGCAGCUGCCCCGAUGUGUACGUGCCGGUGUGCGGUACCGACGGCGUCUCUCAUCACAGCGUGUGUCACCUACAGAGAGAACAAUGUACCAGCAAGAGACCCAUCCAAGUCGUGUCUAACGGACCCUGCCUGAACCAGUCAGAAGGCUUGUGCAGCACCAUACGCUGUGGCUAUGGUGCCAUGUGUGUGGAAGUCAAUGGCAGUCCAACCUGCUCAUGUGAUAUGAUGUGCACCAAUGAAGAUUCCCCGGUAUGCGGAACGGACAAAAACACGUACGGGAAUGCGUGUCUUCUGAAACAGUCGGCGUGCGAACAACAGAAGGACAUCCAAGUGGAGUUAGAAGGCCUCUGCAAUGGUUGCGAAUCCUUCUCGUGCGAGUUUGGCGCCAUCUGUGAGAUGAGCGUGAAAGGUCCAAAGUGCGUCUGUCCAGAGGAGUGUGUGAAGUUUGACUCGCCCAUCUGCGGUUCGGAUGACAACGUCUACCCCAACGAGUGCGAACUCAACGUGCAGGCGUGCCGCAAGCAAGAGGUUAUUACUGUCGAGUCACAAGGAGAUUGCACUGAGUGCGAGGGGGUGAAAUGCGAGUAUGGGUCCAUCUGUAACCGAGGUCAGUGCACCUGCCCGACCUGCGCCAACAUCAACCAGCCGGUGUGCGGCACUAAUCAAGUCACAUAUCAGAGCUUGUGUCAUCUACGAGCUGAGAUGUGCAACGAGAGAAUCAGGAUUGCUCAAGCGUUCGAAGGACCCUGUGAUAAUAAUGAAAUGUCUGGCUCUGGUGAGGGCAACGACACCGAUGUGGACCAAGAGGGGGGUGACGACAAGAUUGACUUCUCCAGGGAGUGCGACGAAGCACUCUGCCAGUAUGGCGGUACCUGCGAGUACAUGCCCAACGGUAACUCAUACUGCUCAUGUAUCAUGAACUGCCCCGCGACGCGCCUACCGGUCUGCGGCUCCAACCAGGUGACGUAUGGCAGCGAGUGUCUGCUGAGAGAAGCGUCGUGCGAGCAACAGGCGCCGAUAUACGUGGAGAGCCAGGGAUCAUGUGAAGAUGUUGAAAUGGAGCCUUGUGACGGAGACAGCCCCCUCAUCAUCCCCAACACCCAAGAAGAAUACACCUGCACAGAGGAAGGAGAGGAAUGCCCCUCCGGCAGUUACUGUCACAUCCACCCCCUCAGGAAGUUUGCUGUCUGCUGUCCAGUUACCAGAGAGCAAACAUCCCCACCAAGUUGUGAAGACGGGAUGUACGGUUGUUGCCCGGAUGGUAUCACGGCGGCUCAAGGGUUCAACGAGGCUGGCUGUCCAAGUCAUUGCGACUGCAACGAGCUGGGCUCCUAUUCGCCAGUCUGUAACCCUACCAAUAAGCAGUGUCCAUGCAAGCCCGGCGUCGGCGGCAAGAAGUGCGACCGCUGUGAGCCUGGUUUCUGGGACUUCCGUGAGAUUCAGGCAGGCAAUAUCGGCUGCAGACCUUGCGGUUGUUCCAAGGGAGGCUCGGCUCGGGAUGAUUGCGAGCAGAUGAUGGGAACGUGUAUGUGUAAACACAAAGCCAUGGGCAUCAAAUGCAACAUGUGCCCCAAGGGAAUGACCAUGGGAGCUACUGGCUGUGUAGAAGUUGUGACCGUAGUGGACGACAAUUCCAAUCUCUGCGAGCAACUCAACUGCCGUUUCCACGCCACCUGUACCUUCAUGGACGGACUAGCUACCUGCGUCUGCCCCUCAGAAUGCCCGGCGCUCUUCGAGCCGGUGUGCGGCACGGACGGACAGACGUACGGUAAUGAGUGCCAGAUGAAAGUCUUUGCUUGCCGGCUGCAGAGAGAUCUUCAAGUAUAUGCCAAGGGUAUCUGCGAGACUGUUGUCAUGACGCCUAUGACUGUACCUCUGGAAUGUCUAGAGGCCGAGUUUGGUUGCUGCGACGAUCAGGAAACGCUUAAGACAAAUCCAGAAGGGGAAGGCUGCCCUCUGUUGCCCGGAAUGACAACCACUAAAAUUGUCCCUACAAUGUCAACAACGAAAAUGACGUCUCCAAAGUCCAGUCCGACCAUGGCGUCUUCUCCAGUGACUGAAAUGCCUCCCGAUGCGACAACCAUUCAAUCUCCACCUUCCGACGACCCUGCCAUAACCCAGCCACAAAUUACAAGUCAGACGGCCCCUCGGACCGCUGUGAUGCGCGACAGCACGUCGAACGCCAUCGGCAGCAGCGAGUCCAACACCAUCGGCAGCAGCGAGUCCAAGACCAACGAAGCAUCCACAAGGUUCAAUUUCCCACAGUCACAGACAAGCACAAACCCCUCGCAGACGACUGUUCGAGUCGUGGAUGAGACGAGCAUGCCAACGAUGACUUCCCGUACCAGCAUGACUUCCGGUACCAGCAUGACUUCUGGUACAACAACUACUUCCGGUACCAGCAUGACUUCCGGUACUUCAAUGACUUCUGGUACAACAGUGACUUCCGGGCCCAGCAUGACUUCCGGUACAAGUAUGACUUCCAAAACAAUGGCUUCCCAUUCAAGCUCUCCGACCAUGGCAGACACGACUACCCCACCCAGUGAAAGUCUUCCUUUGACAUCUCUCCCGUCUACUCCCACGAUGACAACCACGACCAAGACCCUGGAGGUUAGAACGAAAGCAACCACCAAGCCUCUGACGGAAACCUUGACGACGUUUUUCCGCACCAGUUCCAUGGAUCCAACAACAGUCACACCGUUGUCCACUACACAGAUGGUGCCCGAAUUGACCACACAACUACCAGUACAAACGACGGAGCCUGCCCCGGUGCCCAUUUGUGAGAGAAUAAUGUGUCUUCACGGAGGAACCUGUCUUGAAAGGGAAACGUCGUCCCAAGGUUAUUUGUGCAUCUGCCCGAUCGGAUGGGGCGGCCCCGUCUGCGAAGAAGCGGUGACCUUCAUGACGCCAUCUCUCUCCGAGUUCUCCUACCUCGCAUUCCCCAAGAUGAGAGCUUUCUUCAGCGUCGACAUCACUCUGGAGUUCCAAACGGAGGAGGCAGAGGGCCUUCUCCUGUUCAACGGCCAAGAAGACGCCGAGAACGGCGACUACAUCUCGCUCGCAAUCGUCAACGGUUCUGUGGAGCUAAGGUACAAUGUGGCACCCGAGUUUGACCUGGGUUCCAGCGAUGCUGUGGUUAUCCGGAGCAAGGUUACCAUCCAACCACUUCACUGGUACACGGUGCGCGUGAGUCGCGAUAAGCGCGACGGCAGCAUCAGCGUGGAUGGAGAGACACCGGUCAAGGGGUCAAGCAAUGCCGGGUCAUCUGGACUGACCCUUACGAGCGACCUCUUCGUUGGCGAUGUACCCCAGGACAAAGAAGCGAUUUACAGAGUAGCUGGCACAACGAAGGGUUUCGUAGGAUGUAUCGGCUACCUGGAGGUUAACGGCAAAACCCUUGAUGUCUAUCAUCCCGCUGGGGCCAUCCUCUACGGAGCCAACGUCGGCGAAUGCGGAAAUGAUCCCUGUCUUAAACAGCCGUGCCUGAACAACGCUACUUGUACACCCACAACAGCUGAGCAGUUCACCUGUGAAUGCGUGGACGGAUUCGUCGGUCCUCUUUGCGGUGAUGUAUUUGUUGAUCCGUGUGAGGGUAAUAUGUGCUACACUGGAGCGACGUGUACACCGCUGCCAGAGGGCGGGUACCGGUGUGAUUGUCCGACAGGAUGGAAGGGUGACAUGUGCGACAGAGAAAUAGUUCCAGAGCCAGCGAUCCCGUUCGUUCCAGGCUUCAAUGGAAACUCCUUCAUCGAGUUGCCCGGACUGAGUGCUCCGUCCAGAAUCACGAUCGAGGUGGAGUUCCUCGCUACCAAACCCAACGGGAUGAUCUUCUACAAUGGCCAGAGCACAAACGGCAACGGGGAUUUCAUCUCGCUCAACUUGGUCGACGGAUACUUGGAAUUUCGCUAUAACUUGGGCUCGGGGACGGCUGAAAUCAGUCCUAACUAUAUAACGGACAACACGCUACAUGUGUUAAGGAGCCCUGAUAAACUGAGUCUAGAUGAGUGGCAUGUUGUUGAAGCUACAAGGAUGAAGGUCGAUGGAAUGCUUUACAUCGACGGCAUCAUGGUCGCGAUGGGAGAAUCAUUGGGAUCGGCCAAACAACUUAACCUCAAGAAAAGUCUCUUCAUUGGUGGAACCGAUAACUACUCGCACCUCUCUAGGAAAGCUGGCAUCACAGACGGCUUUGUUGGCGGUAUCAAAAUGUUUGCCAUCGACCGUGAGGUGGUUCCAGACUUGAUCCAAGCCGCCUUGAACCAAGUCAACAUCGAGGCAUUCGUGGAGCAUCCAUGCGUCGGCGCACCGUGUAUGCACACGUUCAUGUGCGUUCCUGACGGGGAAAGCUACACGUGUGAAUGCCCACCUCAAAGCCAGAUUGUAGGGAGCAAGUGUGUAUCGAUGGAAGCAUCGACAUCCAGUGGAGAUGAUGGCGGACUUCAGCCAGUCACUGAGCGACCAGACACCAACGCUCCAGUGUCCUUUGACGGAAGAAGUUACUUUAGUUAUUCAAACACAGCAUCAUUGAAAAUUAAAAAAGCUCAGAUGACCAACAUCAUCAAGCUGCGUUUCCGGACACUGCAGGAAUCCGGUCUGUUGCUCUACAACAGCAUCAAUCAAGCUAACGGUGACUUCAUCGCCGUGGCUGUCAUAGACGGCAGCGUUGAGUUUGGCUAUAACUUAGGAAGUGGUGUUAAAAGAAUAAGAGCGCCAGGCGCAGUCAGCGACGACCGAUGGCACACAGUCACCAUAUCCAGAGCUCAGCGUGAGGGCAGUAUUCAAGUAGAUGAUGAAGCGCCAUCAUUGGCAGCCUCCAAGCCGGGGGCGUCUUUCUUAAACACAGAUGGCAUUAUGUGGAUUGGCGGACAUGCAAAUCUUCAAUCCAAUGUGCCGUUUGACUUCAGACGAGCCUUUGUGGGCUGCAUAGCUGACGUCGAACUUGAAGAAAAUAGUCUACAUCUAUAUAACGACGCGAGAGAAGAAAGGCCUUCAGCGUUCUGUGGCUACCCAGACGCAUAACACAUGGACUAAUCACGAGAAAGGGAGGAGUAAUUUGUAGUAAGGGAGUGAAGUUGCAAGAGGAGCGAAUGGCGUACUUUUAAGAUUGAAGUUGCAGAUGUGGCACCGUGCUAAUUUCUACACCAAGUCUCAAUCUCUUCCACUGAGAAAUCACCAGGAGAUAGCAGAAGUGUGACAUUGUUUGUCUUUUUUGAAGUUCAUAUUCCUUCUUGCAUUUGCAUUUAGAAUGUUUUUAAACCGUCCUAAUUAUCGACCAAUCAUAUUGGUCAUAUACUUUAUGGUCAUCUAUGAGCCUUGUGAUUGGUUGAUUGGAGCAUUGGUGCCACCACAACUACAUGAGCGGAGAAUAAAAUUAAAUGUUAUAACGGUAGGUUUGAAAUGGUCACAUUCCAUUUGUCUACUUCACCUUGUCGAGGCUUUAUCUUUUUAGGGUGAGAGGAUUUAAAUUUACCUGGAUUUCCUCCCGCCGAGACCUCCCCUUCACACUCGCAGAAACUUCUCCCCUCUUUCAGAAAAAUCAAAUUUUAAGAAUAGCUUUAAUGUAUAUAGAUUGUUCACGGUUUUAAAACGUCUUCUUAUGUCAACCAGUUUUACUUACACCUUGUUAGCUCUGAAGGCCUUUCAACCGUUACAAACCCACCACGUUAUUUCCGAUCCACUAUUUGGGACAGGUGAAUUUUCCCACAAGAAUGGUGUCGGGGGAAAAUAGUUCCUGGGGUCGAUUUCACAAAGAUUGUCCUAACUUAGGACUAGUCUGAGGACUCUAUAGGAGCUGUUAAAAACUUAAGGCUUAUUAUUGUUGAAAAAAGCCUGCACAUCAAUAUCGAUGUAUAAAUAUCUGUAGUUGGCGAGCAGAGUUGGAAUUUAAGAGAGCUGGAUUUUUGCAGCGAAGGGAAUGUAAAAUCAAAUUUGAAUGGUGCACUUUUAUUUCUUCUCACGACUUACAUUAUUUAUGUUGACUUAUUUUAUAUCGACCAAUGUGUAUAGAGGAGACGAUUCAAAAUGUAACCUGCGACCCACAAGAUGAGAGUGAACCUGGGAAAAACUGACGGGAACUACUUUUUCCUCUGAUAAUUUAGUCUCAACGACAAAACGAAAGAACUCAUUACUCGCAAUCUUUGUUCGCAGGUCACGUUUUUGAGUCAGUUGGGCUGGUUGGGAUUUAUUGUACAUUCCCAGCUGGUGUUUUAAAUUCUAGCUUGAACAUUUUAUCGGUAGGUUAUUUCUGAGGAGUGAGUGCCGAUGAGGUUUCGUCUUUUUUUGGUUGGUUCACCGUGACCAAAAGAGGGAACUAUUUCAAGCUCUUAAAUUAUUGUAAUCAUUUGUAUUUAAAUUCAUGACUCUUGGUGCUUAAUUGGUCUUAAUCCUAAUCGUUUAAAGAAUUCUGUAUUACAUUUAUAAACGUCACAAUUAACAGGUUUGUAAAAACUUGAUUACACAAAUUGAUCUUUUUAAAACUAUACUGCUGGUUUUUUUUUACUAAUUAUUAUUUCUAAAUUUUUAAAAAGUUUUUUUCUUAAACAUUGACGAGGGUUUUAUGUCACUCAUUGGUAAUAAUUUUUAUGAAAAAUCUUCACACAAAUUUGAAUGAAUGCUCAGAAAACCACACAUAUCAAAUUAUUUCUGAAUGGUUUUUAAAACUUUUCUAUUACAAUAACGAUUGAAUUUUUUUUCUUUUUAAAACUGUCAUCCAUUUUUUCAUUAAUGGUACACAACUUUUUGUUUCAUCAAUUUGUUUGCAUGUUAACAACAUAGGAGUGACUAUUUUUGAAAUCUACAAAAUAAUUGUUUGAUUUUGGUUUGAAUGAUUUUUGAAACUGUGUUUUUAUGAAGUAUUAUUAUCACCCACACAAGCAAUACUAAAAACAAAUAAAUCUACUCCUUGUGUUUUAAUAACUAGAAAUAAUUUGCAUUGUUACGUAAUAUUAUGUAAUUUUUUUAGCGAUAAUAAAUUUCAGUUACGCUUCAUUUGAAAUCAACUUCUUUUGUAAUCGGGGAAAUAUAACAAAACCAAUUGAAAAUCAAAAGAAUCAUGCAGUAAAAAUUGUUGUUGAUAAAAAUUAGUUACAAAAUAAAACCUCUUUUUUUUCCACAAUUGUACAGUACCACUCUAUCAUAUAAUAUAAUUCGUUUUAAAGUCAUGUAUACUUUGUAUUUCCUGCUCCAGAGGGACAGUGGGAUAUGAACAUAAUUUUUACUCUAAAAGCAUUUUUACAUCAUCAACAGGUUGUCUUUGCUUAUGACCUUUCACCCUUUUAACCACUGGUCUCCAAUAAGUGGGUAAUUGAACUAGUAAAUUGCAUAAAAAUACAUAGUUUUAUUAUCUUCAAAUGUUUUCACUUUAAAGGCACUGGACUUUAUUGGUAAUUGCUCAAAAUAAUUGUUAGCAUAAAA